GGGAGCUAUUUUUCUAUUCUAAACCCCGUCCCCAAUUCAUUGAACAUGCAUUCAACUCAUUUUCACCAUCACUCAGUCACAAUCUCCAGUUUCCUCCUUUCAUCGUCACUGUAAGUUUGCUGUACAAUUGUUUUUAUCGAUUCCUACAUGUAAUUUUGUUCGCGAAUUAUGCAUUUCACAAACGAAUUUUUAGAUGCUGAUUAGGGUUAGGGUUAGGGCUUGGAUUUGGUAUUAUUAUUGGAGUUGAAUUUGAAGUUAGGGUUUUUCUAGAUAUGGAGGGGGGUAAUUUGUCAUCAUCGGGGGGUUCGGGAGGGAGUUUCGAUUUGCAAAGAGUUCAUCAUCAUCAACAACAAGGAUCCAUGAUUCUUCCUUGUGUUCAUGAGAAUUUCCCCUUUCGAAUAGGAACAGAAACGAUUCCAGAUUGUAAUCGAACCAUUUCGUUAGCGGCUGAGUUUGGUAAAGGGGAAACAAGAGCGAUGAGCGGUGAGGAGGAUGAGCCGAGCUUUACAGAACAAGACGGCCGAGCGAAGAAUGUUAACAUGAACUUCGCCUCACCGUGGCAACGAGUGAAAUGGAACGACCUGAUGGUGCGGCUUUUGAUCACUGCGGUUUCUUACAUAGGUGAAGAUGCUGCUGACUACGGCGGAUCGCGAAGAAAGUUUUCCAAUUUACAAAAGAAAGGCAAGUGGAAGUCGGUUUCCAAAGUUAUGGCGGAAAGGGGUCAUUUUGUUUCUCCGCAGCAGUGUGAGGAUAAGUUUAAUGAUUUAAACAAACGCUAUAAACGCCUUAAUGAAAUUCUCGGAAGAGGUACCUCUUGUGAGGUUGUAGAAAACCCCUCCCUUCUUGAUUUGAUGGAUCAUGUUCCCGAGAAACUCAAAGAAGAAGUUAGGAAGAUUUUAAGCUCUAAACAUUUGCAUUACGAAGAAAUGUGUUCCUAUCAUAACGGGAAUCGGUUACACCUUCCUCCCGAUCCUCAACUACAACAUUCGUUAAGAUUAGCUCUUAGAGCUCCAAAUGAUGAUCUUGAUGACGAUGACGAUGAUGAUGAUCCGUAUGUGGAUCUUGAUCAUGACGAAUAUGAUGAAUACCACCGUCAUCAUCAUCAUCAAGGUGAUCAAAGAACAGCAGCGGUAUGUGGAGUUGGUGAAGGAUCUUCGAAGAGGGUAAAACAAAAUGAAGAUUCUCUGAUGAUGAAAAACGUGCAGAUGGACAUGGAUCAACAAGGUGUGAAAUUGCAGGAUCAAUGGCUGAACAACCGUUUAUUACAACUAGAAGAACAGAAGCUACAUAUUCAAGCACAAAUGUUGGAGUUAGAGAAAGAACGCUUUAAAUGGCAAAGGUUUCGCCGUAAGCAAGAUACCGAAUUGGAGAUGAUGAGGAUCGAUAACGAGAGGAUGAAGAUGGAAAACGAUCAAAUGCUGUUGGAAUUGAAGCGUAAGGCGAUGAUGUCUGCAGAUCUUAAUCAAUAAGGUCUUUGGAUAGCUUCAUAAUUGUUUUCAGGAAAUCUUCUAGCCUUGCGCGCCUGAGACUCAAGGCCCGCCUGAAGAUGCGGUCAAAGUAUGGGUCUUUAGGCGGCUGAUAUGUGAAAACAACCGAUGGAGGAAGAAACUAUGAAUGGUUUAUUUGGUAAAAAGGUUGACUUUAGUUAAUGAAAUGGUUUUGACUUUUCAUAGUUUCUGAAAAACUUUAUUGCUGGAAACUAACUUGUUAAAAGAAACAUAUAUUCAAAUUAAGUUGCAUGUAUUAGGUGUU